AUAGACAGUAUUACAUUGGGAAACGGUAGUCGCAGGGCACUUAACAACGGUUGCUAACAACUCAGACGACUGUGAGUCUGCUGUGUCCCAGGAGAGUGUAACAAUGCCUCGAGGUAGAUCGGCCACAAGUGCCCGCUCAGACAGCAGUGAGAUGGAUAUUGAUGGUACAGCAGAAUCAGAGAUAGCCAAACUGCAGAGACAGUUCAGGAUCAUGGAAGGAGAUCGGCAGGCCUACAACAUUCAGGCCCGGGAGCAGAUCCGCAAACAACAGCAGGAGAUAGAGAAGCUGCUGAAGGAGCAGGAGGAGCUGCAUCGAAACCUUGGUGCAUUUAAGAGCUUGUCACGCCAACAGCAGGACGGUGAGGACACCCAGAGUCUUCGUGCUCUGCUGGAGCAGAGAGACAUGCUAGAGGAAGAGCUGGUUAAAGAGAAGCAGUAUCAAAAAGAGCUAGAGAAAGAGAUUGUAAACAUGGAAAUGAAGAUGACAGAGCUGAGAAAAGGCAAGGUCAGUUCUGGUGAUACACAAAAGUCUGAGGUACGGAAAACUCAGAAGGCCAUACGCACUUUGGAAUACAAACUGGACAGAUCUUUGACUCGUUUCAAUGAGCAGCUGACCAAAAACAGCCACCUGAGAGAGGAGUUGCAGACUCUUCAUAUUGAGCGUGUUCGUUUCCAGCAACUACACAACAGGUUGGACAAGGAACUGCAAGAUAUGCGCAAGAAGAUCGGGGAAAUUGUCAACAUGUCCACUGCUGCCUACGAUGCCAGGGUGGAGGCUCAGUCCAAGAUGACCAUGAUGAGGGAGAAGGCAGUGAAGGACCUUGCCCAGUACAACACUGAGAUGAAGGAACUGGAGAGGGUUAUUGCACAUGAGUGCAUCCUGAAAGAGUUUAUGACCACCAAGUGCAGGGAGAGGAGCGGGCAGGAUGAUGGCCAUGAUAUGGGACAUAGACAGCUGUCAGAGCUGAAGGAGCAGAGGAGGAUGGACUCGGGGGAAGAGUCGCUGGACGCUCUAGAGGAGGUGUUCCAGAGGAUCCAGACUGUGACAGGGGAGGACAACCUGGACAUGCUGGUCACCCGGUUCAUCCAGGUUGAAGACCGGAACUUUGCACUUUUCAACUUUGUAAAUGAGCAAAACAAUGAGGCUGAAGCACUGGGAGAUCAAAUCAGCCAGAUACAAGCAGAGACUGAGCAGUUUCGAGUAGCAGGUUUGCAACAGGAGCAAGAUCAUCGCUCUCUGCUGAGAGACAUUGAUGAACAACAAAAGGAAACCCAGUCUCAAGCUGAGGACUAUGAAAACCAGGCCAGCAUCAUGAGCAAAAUCCUGGACGAGAUAAAUAUAGGAGUGAACAGCAUCUUCUCUAAAAUGGAGUGUGACCGCUCAGUGAUAGAGGAUCUACUGGGCUCCUCUACAGGGAUCAGUGAGAAUAACAUCAUGUCCUACCUGGGUCUGGUGGAACAGAAGACCAACGAGCUGCUCACCGUUCAAGCUUUCUUCAACUCUAAAGAUCUGGAAAAAGACUACAAUCCAAAAGACCUGGCCAAAUUUCUUUUGGGUCAAAAUCCAGAACUGCUUCAGCAGACUGUUAAUAUCCAACCUGCAUUCAACAGUGUGGAGUAUGAUGCAGAAGAGUCUCCUGUCACUGAUGAGGAAGAACGACCCCUUUCACAGUGGGAACUUCGCAAAAGAAUUAUACAAGGGGUUUUGAAGAGAGAGAGUUCAGUCCGGCAGUCAGCAACCAAAGCCUCAAAGACCAGUCAGCAGUUUGAUGGCAGACGACGCUCCCUGGAAGACGCACUAAUCUGACACAUUGACAUGAUCAGUGUAGUUAAUGUGCACAGAUUUAAAAUGAGUCGAAGGGCUGGCUUUCAUUGUUUACCGUAAUAUAGUCUCGCAUUGCUAGAUCUAUCUCCUCAGCGUAGUAUGGUCUGGCUACACUGCCUAUCUAUUCUGGGUUAGGAGGAAAAAACGCUUUGGCUUAUUUUUUAUUUCUUUAAACCAAUCACAACAAGUCUUGGGCAGCACUAAGCCCCGAUAGCGGAUAUAGCAAGACGGGAGGGACAUCAGGCUUUAUUUCAGCAAAGAACAUCCGUUGAGCCAGACUAAAGGCAGUAACUUCGUUUUUGGUUGAACAUGAGUUAAUGAUAUUUUUGGGACAUUCAAGACAUCCUUUAUCAUGUGGAUAAGUAUCUUGAGUCAAUUUAGUUGUUUUUUGUAAUAAAGGUUUGUCUUAAAGGAACACGCCGACUUAU